AGACAUGGACAUUCUUUACCAAACGGCUAUAUAAAUGCCCAGGGGAAACUUACUGGAUAUCACAGUCAGCUGCUGAAUGGUUUACACGCAACACCUAACCAGAGUUUGUUACUAAUAAGCUGACAUGGAUGAAGAAAGCAUAAGAUGCAGAAAACGGAGCUCAGACCAGGGAGCUGAUGAUGGGCUGUCUAUUGAAAGCAAGAAAUCCAAAUCCAUGAAUCUGCAGAAAGAGGUGGGUUUGGUCAGUGGAGUCUGUGUCAUUGUUGGAACUGUGAUAGGUUCAGGGAUCUUUAUUUCUCCCAAGUCUGUGCUGGCUAAUGUUGAAGCAGUUGGACCUUGUUUAGUCAUCUGGACAGCCUGUGGAAUUCUGGCUAUGUUAGGGGCACUGUGCUUUGCUGAACUUGGCACAAUGAUAACCAAAUCGGGAGGGGAAUAUCCUUACCUUAUGGAAGCCUAUGGGCCAAUACUCGCCUAUUUGUUUUCGUGGAUCUCUCUAGUUGUUACAAAGCCCAGUUCCUUUGCCAUCAUUUGCCUCAGCUUUGCCAAGUACGCAUCAGCUCCAUUUUAUCCCGGAUGUGACCCUCCUGUAGCUGUCGUCAAGUGUUUGGCAGCUGCCGCCAUUUUGACCAUUUCUCUAGUGAAUUCUCUGAGCGUGAAGUUAGCAAGCUAUGUGCAGAAUUUUUUCACUGCUGCUAAAAUGGUGAUUGUUGUCAUUAUCAUCGUCAGUGGACUUGUCCUCCUUGCUAAAGGAAACACACAAAACUUUCAAAAUUCAUUCGAUGGCCCCCCUCUUUCGGUGGGUGCUAUUAGCCUGGCUUUUUAUAAUGGACUCUGGGCAUAUGAUGGAUGGAAUCAGCUCAAUUAUAUCACAGAAGAGCUUAAAAAUCCUUACAGGAAUCUACCUCUGGCUAUCAUUAUUGGAAUCCCACUGGUCACCGUUUGUUAUACUUUGAUCAACAUUUCAUAUUUCACGGUUAUGACAGCGACAGAACUUCUGCAGUCCCCAGCCGUUGCUGUGACAUUUGGAGACAGAGUUCUUUAUCCUGCUUCUUGGGUGGUUCCUCUCUUUGUGGCUUUUUCAGCCAUCGGGUCUGCCAAUGGCACUUGCUUUACUGCUGGCAGGCUUAUUUAUGUAGCAGGUCGUGAAGGGCAUAUGUUAAAGGUGCUGUCCUACAUCAGUGUUAAGCGCUUAACUCCAGCGCCAGCAAUCAUAUUUUAUGCUGCAAUAGGCAUCAUUUAUAUCAUACCCGGAGAUAUCGAAACUCUAAUCAACUACUUUAGCUUUGCCUCUUGGAUAUUCUAUGGCUUGACUGCGCUGGGACUCAUUGUUAUGCGCUUUACAAGAAAAGAACAUGAAAGGCCCAUCCGUGUGCCCCUGAUCAUCCCCAUCAUUGUGACAUUAGUUUCCAUUGUGCUGGUCCUGGCACCGAUUAUCACUGCUCCAGAACUGCCAUAUUUGUACUGCGUUUUGUUUAUUCUUAGUGGACUUAUCUUUUAUGUCCUUUUCAUUCAUUUUAAGUUCAGUUGGGCUCAAAAAAUUUCAAGGCCAAUCACCAUGCACCUUCAGAUGCUUUUGGAAGUUGUGCCACCAGAAGGAGUUACAAAAUAACGUCUAUUUUUCCAGUUCUUAAGGAAGGACCCUGGAAUCGGAGCUGCAGACAAACUGCACUGCAUACCAGGGUGUAGGACUACAAUACUCUCGAGGAUCAGUACCCAUUUGUGAGGUGGCCAAGCAGGCCGAAAAAGGUUCAGCUUUGCUCUGAUCAAUUCACUUUUAUUGUUUUCAGUAUGCAGAAUUCAAAUGUUGGUAAUACUGUAAGAAAAUACUUGAUGGAGGCAGAGGACCCUCACUGCGCUUGAGGGUUUCCGGGCCUGAGAUUUGAUUUCAACUGUAUCAAGACUGUACAAUGGAAAUGCAGUUCUACUGCUAGUAAAAGUCUGAAGUCUUCAACAAGGCCAGAGAACACAACAGGUAGUAUCACAGUGCCCUCUAUCAGCAAACAAACAUGGAAGCAAGGAAAUAAAAUCUCACAGAGGAAGGUCAGGUAAAUGAGUGUCAGAGAUAUGCAUAAAGGCACAAAUCCAGAGGAGAGCUAAGGUAAGGUUAUAAGGAGGACGAAGGAAUGUGAUCAAGGACUGGUACUGAUUGCUGAUCUUAUAAUAUUUGUUCUGGAAGCUGAAAAUCAAAAGUGUUAUGCAGAAACAGUCACAGGCUAAAAGUCCUGUGGAGCAAGAAGCUUGAAACGGAUUAUGGCAAUAGCUUUUUGCCAGUGUGGUAGCUGCUGCAUCCCAGCCUCAACAAAGAUUGCAAGGUUCUGUCUCACAAAGCCUAGGGGCAUAUGGUUCUGGUACCAUGCUCGCAGAAAGGAACUUCAGAUGCUGGUUUGGGCCCAUAGGUGGUACCAAGUGAACUACAGCCACCUACACUUUGACUUGUCAGUAAUGUCCGUGGCUCUUUUAGCAGCAAGGAAAGCAUGCAUACCAACCAGUAGAUAGCCAGCAGCCUCCGAGAGAGUGAUCCCUUCCUAUCCUAACAGAGAACACAGACUUCAUCAGAUCCUUGACUGUGCUGCCCUGAGCUAGGGCUAAUUAGAAAUGUCUUCACUGCUGGCAGGAUUCAGCCUCACCCGUUUAAGUAAAUUAUAACUGAAAGGGGUGCUAGUCAAAAGACCAUAAACUUAGCAGGUGGGAUCCUCUGAGAUCUUGAAAACCACCCCAGAGAUACAGCAUACUGCAGGUCACGAGUAUGACAAGGCAUUCCAUCGCACUUUGUAGUCUGUAUUUGAAAUUAUGCAUUUAACUUUUUAUACUUUGGUAACCAUUAAAUGUCAUUUUAAGUUAGGAAUGUACAAGUCUGGCAGAGGGGUACACGGAAAGUUGUCCAUACCUCAGCUAUCCUUUGCUAGGUCUGAACGUUCUCAGCACUCAAUAACCUAGUGUUGAUUAUGCAAUAGAAAUGUUGGGAAUACUCUCAAUGUGUGUAUUAACAGUGUUAUACUUUCUAUAUAAAUUAGUAAAUUGCUCCUGCAAACUUCAAAACA